CUUUGCUGUUCUCUUGUUUAGGAAGAGGGGAACAUGCCUAAAAAGAAGACCGGUGCCAGGAAGAAAGCAGAGAACCGCCGAGAACGUGAGAGACAGCUAAGAGCCUCAAGAAGUGCCAUAGACUUAGCCAAGCACCCAUGCAAUGCCUCAAUGGAAUGUGACAAGUGCCAGAGACGGCAGAAGAAUAGAGCAUUUUGCUAUUUUUGUAAUUCUGUACAGAAGUUGCCAAUUUGUGCACAGUGUGGAAAAACAAAGUGCAUGAUGAAGUCUUCAGACUGUGUCAUCAAGCAUGCUGGUGUGUACAGCACUGGCCUUGCAAUGGUGGGUGCAAUAUGUGACUUCUGUGAAGCUUGGGUUUGCCAUGGUAGGAAAUGUCUUAGCACACAUGCCUGUGCCUGCCCACUUACUGAUGCAGAGUGUGUUGAAUGCGAGCGAGGCGUUUGGGACCAUGGAGGCAGAAUAUUCAGCUGUUCUUUUUGCCAUAACUUUCUCUGUGAAGAUGAUCAAUUUGAGCAUCAAGCCAGCUGCCAAGUUUUAGAGGCUGAAACAUUUAAGUGUGUUUCAUGCAAUCGACUUGGCCAGCAUUCAUGUCUCCGAUGUAAGGCUUGUUUCUGUGAUGAACAUACAAGGAGCAAGGUGUUUAAGCAGGAAAAAGGAAAACAGCCUCCUUGUCCUAAAUGUGGACAUGAAACUCAGGAGACAAAGGAUCUUAGCAUGUCAACACGCUCUUUGAAAUUUGGCAGACAGACUGGAGGUGAAGAGGGAGAUGGAGCUUCUGGGUAUGAUACUUACUGGAAGAACCUUUCAUCUGACAAGUAUGGGGAUCCUGGGUACCAUGAGGAGGAAGAUGAAGAGGAGGAAGCAGAGGAUGAUGAAGAGGAAGAAGAUGAAGGUGGGAAGGAUUCAGAUACAGAGUCAUCAGAUCUGUUCACUAGUUUGAAUUUAGGAAGGACCUAUGCCAGUGGCUAUGCUCACUAUGAGGAGCAGGAGGACUAGGAGAGCUGCUCCUCCUGGUAGUCAUGCAUGAGAAGAGGAGGAAUGUGUGCACUAGAUGAGUUGUGAGGGUGCCAUUUUUAUAGGAACUGCUAAUCAGGCUU